AAAAAGUUGAACAAGCUGCUUCGACUUUCUUCCUUAUUGCUUAACGCGUGGGGUUGCCGACAACUUUAUUCUUUUUUAUUGGUAAACCAGAACGGCACCGUGCCUGUGGCCGUGUGCCUCGCCGUAAUUCAUUGAAGAGCUAGCUAGUCGGUUUGGCCACUGAAAGAAGCUUCGUUCAGGAGAAUUCUUGUGAAGAGAGAAAUCAUGAGUUACUACAACCAGCAGCAGGCUCCCGUCGGUGUUCCUCCUCCUCAAGGGUAUCCAAAGGAUGCUUAUCCUCCACCAGGGUACCCUGUCCAAGGUUACCCUCAGCAGCCGGGGUACCCGCCGCAGCAGGGCUAUGCUCCACAGUACUACAGCCAGCAGCCUCCUAGGCAAGAACAAGGUUUCCUUGAAGGAUGUUUAGCGGCACUCUGUUGUUGUUGCCUUUUGGAUGCUUGCUUCUGACGAUCGAGAACCUUCAGCGAUUCAGCCGCACCUCGUCAUUCGUUUGUGAUUGCAUUAGGCAUUAGGCAUUAUUAGGUAGGGGCAUUAUAUAUGUUAGCGUUUCUUUCAUGUUAAGACUUAAUUAAGAGUAGAUUUCAUGCUUAUUCUUCCUUCUAAUGUCUAAGUUGAUAUCGAUCGAUCGAUCUAUUUGAUUGGGAUAUAUAUAUAUGUACAACACUACUUAAACAUGUAAUCAUUUUUCUUGUUUAUGUUAUGGGAAAACAUUGGGAUUGUCCGGUAAA